AUCCUGAAACGAAUGAAUUAAGAAUAAGAUAACAAAUUGAAAUUAGAGUCAAAAUGUCUUCUCUCAAACCCAUUCCCAUUACCACCCACUUUAAAUACCUCCUUUUCCACCUCCAUCUCUAACCCCUCUUUUCCUCUAAUAAUUCUUUCACCUUUCCAUUACAAAGUGAAAAAGAGGUCCAAUUUUUUAUUCUAAUCAUCAACGAAUUAAUAGAUAUCAAGAUCUGCGAUGGCUACUCGUGAUCAUGGGUUGGUGAUGGUUGGCAUGACGAUGGCCGUCUUCUUGGCUUCCUUCGUCUCAGCAGACUUUGAUUUGCUUCAAGAUGUUUGUGUUGCAGAUCUUGCGUCAGGUGUAAAAGUGAAUGGAUUCACCUGCAAAAGCAACAUAUCAACAGAAGAUUUCUUCUUCGCGGGGUUAGCCAAUCCUGCGGUUACCAACAACACAUUUGGUUCAACUAUUACACCAGCCUCGGUCCAACAAAUCCCCGGGCUAAACACCUUGGGUGUGUCCAUGGCUCGUGUUGAUUACGCACCUGGCGGUCUGAACCCACCACACACCCACCCAAGAGCCACCGAGAUGGUGUUUAUGCUAGAGGGUGAAUUGGAUGUCGGCUUCAUAACCACGGAUAACAAACUCUACGCGAAAACCAUCAAGAAGGGUGAAGUCUUCACUUUCCCCAGAGGCUUACUUCACUACCAGAUGAACAACGGCAAAGUUCCUGCUGCUGCCAUCGCCGCCUUCAACAGCCAGUUGCCGGGAACCCAGAGGGUGCCAAACGCUUUGUUUGCAUCAUCUCCCUCGGUGGAAGAUGCUGUCUUGACUAAAACAUUCCAAAUCGGAACGAAAAUGGUGGAGAAAAUUAAGUCGAGACUUGCUCCCAAGAAGUAACAUCACGACCAGGAGUCGACCACGGAUGGUUUUCAAGUAUUAUAUUGGUUGUCGUUCAUUCAAUAAAGGGUAAAUUCUUUUGUCAUUGUUUACGUUUCGAUUCCAAAUCUAUAUUCUGCAAACGAAACAUAAAGUUCAAAUAAAGUCGAUUUUGUUUCACGU